AUCUCGCCGGUAUGCAGUAUCAGUGCAAUUCAAACACUUGCCUUGAAAACCAUAUCCUUUGCAACUAACCACACAAUGAAAGUACUCCUGGUUCUAACUUUCCUGGCCACUUUGGCUCUUUCGCUGGCACUUCCCCAGGUGGGACAUGGAUCUGUAAAUGGACCCAGUGGGCGCUUUCCUAUGACGAAGAAUUGGGCGCAACCUCCGGUUGAUUUGCGAAAACCCAUUAUCUUUCUGCCAGAGGCCACGCCCAUUCACGAGGCCCAGGAGUCCCGCCCCGGACUAGCCAGACAUCGCAAGAGUGGAUAGAUGCCAAGGAAUACCUAUUUAUUAUAUAAGUUUAGCAAGUGUAUCUGUUAUAAAGACUAGCUAUUGCGUUGACAUCUUAUAGAUGCGAAUUAUAAUUAGCAAAACCUUGGAAAAGUCAAGAAAUUUUUGAAAUAUAAUAAAUAGUUUAUAUUUUAAUAACUACA